AAUGGUAGAUGGAGGUUGCCCAAAGAUAGAUCACCCCAGGGUUUCCAUUUUCUUCACACAUUUCUCUUUUGAGAACUCAUUUCUCUCUCUCCCCCCUCUUAUUUUAUCUAUAUUCAAAACACUAGUUUCAUGAAUUAAAAGAACUUCUAAAAGUGGGUGUUCUCUUAACCAAGAGUAGAAUUGUUGCAGAAAGGAAAAAAACACAAAUAAAAAACAUCUUUUUUUACUAAUAAUCAUGGGAAGAGGGAGAGUAGAACUGAAGAGGAUAGAGAACAAAAUUAACAGGCAAGUUACUUUUGCUAAGAGAAGAAAUGGGCUUCUCAAAAAAGCUUAUGAACUCUCAGUUCUUUGUGAUGCUGAAGUUGCUCUUAUCAUCUUCUCUAAUCGUGGCAAGCUAUAUGAGUUUUGUAGCAGCUCUAGCAUGGUGAAAACCCUUGAGAAGUACCACAGCUGUAGUUUUGGAUCAUUGAAAGCCUCCCAACCAGAAAAUGAGAGCCAGUACAAUUACCAUGAAUACCUAAGGCUAAAGGCAAGAGUGGAGGUUCUGCAACGGUCUCAAAGAAAUCUUCUUGGCGAAGAUUUGGCCCCAUUGAACACUAAGGAGCUAGAGCAACUUGAGCAUCAACUGGAGACUUCUUUGAGGAAAAUCAGAUCAACUAAGACUCAAUCCAUGUUGAAUCAGCUUGCUGAGCUACAAAGAAAGGAGCAAGUUCUUGCUGAAACAAAUAAAGCCUUAAGGAAUAAGCUUGAAGAAAAUGCUCAGGAGUUUCCAAGGCAAAUGUGGGAAGCUAAUGCACAAACAAUCCCCUAUAAUCCCCUUCCUACACACUCUGAUGAGUUCUUCCAGCCUUUAGGAUUGAACACCGCCAUGCACAACAGUUUCAAUGGAUUGAGAUACAACCCUAUCGGCUCGGAUGAGAUGAAUGUUGCUGGUGUCAAUGCCAACAAUCAUAAUGGAUUGUUUCCGGGUUGGAUGCUGUAGUUGAAGAAAUGUGUAACCCUAAUUUUCGCAAGGGUAAAAAUAAGGUAAUAUCUUGUCUUAGAAUGAAGCUUGUAUCAUGUUUUUUGGUUGUUUGUAUUAUGUGUGUUUAUGCAAGUUGUAAUUAUUUUUCGAAGCGAUCGAAGACUUCAUAAGUCGUUGAGAGGACGACGAUGCCUUCGAUUUGAACACACUAUGGAUUAUUGGCAUGUAUGUCCUUAAUUGCAUAAGAUUUGAAGUAUUUUGGAUUUGUGAGAUAAUUAUUUUUGUUUACUAUA